AUAAAAGAAAAGAAAAAAACACAAAAAAAUUCAAAAGAAUUGAAAAAACGUACAAGAAAUUAUGAGGGGUAUGAAAAAACAUUCUCUCACUUUUGAGCUGCAACGUCUAAGUUGGGUCGGCCCGCUCCGAUCCGCUUUUGGACCGGCUUAAAGAGGUGACCUAAAUCGGUGGUGGCCGCGCUAUAAUUCUGUUCAAGGAAGCUAAGAACACCUUCAAACAUGUUCAGCAACCUACUACAACAGCGAUGGAAUCCCCAAAUUUCUUCUACACAAGUUUGUGUUGCAAAUCCCUCUUGCAAUUGGGUACGAUCCAGUUUCUUUCUCAUCUCCUCACCAUUUAUUUUCAAACUUUAAACAGCUGAUUUGAAAAGAAGAAAAAAAAAAGAAUGUAACGCAUAAAUUUGAUCUCUCUCUACCCUAAUUCACAAUUUCCUGCUCCUCACCACUUCUCUCGCGUUCCCCAAUUUCUGUGCGGUGGAAAUGACGGUGGUCGCUUGCGGAGAAGAUAGAAGCACUCGCAGCCAUCUCAUUCCUUUCACAGAAAUGGCAAAAUUGUUUGCAUCAAAUGGUGUCAUUGUCACUGUUAUCCUUACACCACUUAAUGCAGAAAGGUUCAACAUGGUAAUUGAUCAAGCAAAAGCCUCAAAUCUCAAAAUCCAAUUCCAAUUGUUACCUUUCCCUUGUGUAGAAGCAGGUUUACCAAAAGGGUCUGAAAAUAUGGAUACACUUCCUUCUCCUAAAUACCAACCUUUGUUUUUUGCAGCUUCUAAUAUGCUUAAAGAACCACUUGAAAAUUGGCUUUCAAAGUUGGAAAAACUACCUACUUGCAUUGUUUCUGAUAUAUGUCUUCCUUGGACUUCAAAUGUUGCAUCAAAAUUCAACAUUCCAAGAGUUGUUUUCCAUGGAAUUUCUUGCUUCACACUCUUGUGUUCACAUAACAUUAGCCUCUCCAAAGUUCAUGAAAGGGUCAACUCAAUGUCGACACCGUUUGUGGUACCAAAUUUGCCUGAUACAAUUGAAUUUACAAAAGCACAGUUACCCGAGGCUAUGAAGCAAGAUUUGAAGGCAUGGAAAGAAGCAAUUGAUCAAUUCAAAGAAUCUGAACUUUCAGCACAAGGUAUAUUGGUGAAUACUUUUGAAGAGUUGGAGAAGAAUUAUGUUAGAGGUUAUGAGAAAGUUGCUAAAAAGGUUUGGUGUAUAGGACCACUUUCCUUGCAUGACAAGUUAACCUUUGACAAGUUUGGUAAAGACAAUAAGGGAUUCAUCGAUGAUUCUGAAUCCGAAUGUCUAAAGUUUCUUAUUUCAAACAAAGCUUGUUCUGUCAUCUAUGUAUGUUUUGGUAGUUUGUCUUUCAUUCCUGCUUCACAACUAAAGGAACUUGCUUUGGGAUUGGAAGCAUCAAACCAUCCAUUCAUUUGGGUGAUUGGAAAAAAUGAUUGUUCUGUUGAGUUAGAAAAGUGGUUAAAAGAAGAGAAUUUUGAAGAGAGGAAUAAGGGAAGAGGAGUUAUAAUUAAAGGGUGGGCGCCGCAAGUUGAAAUAUUAUCUCAUCCUUCAACUGGUGGAUUUUUAUCUCAUUGUGGUUGGAAUUCAACAAUGGAAGCAAUUUCAUGUGGUGUACCAAUGAUAACUUGGCCAAUGUUUGCUGAACAAUUCUUCAAUGAGAAACUAAUAGUGCAAGUGCUUAAGAUCGGCGUGAGGAUUGGUGUUGAAGUUGUCGUGGAUCCGAUGAAUACAUUUAAAUGUGAGAAAGUUUUGGUGAAGAAAGAGGAUGUGAAGAUGGCUAUUGAAAAACUUAUGGAGAAUGGUGUGGAAGGGGAACAGAGAAGAAACAGAGUUAAAGAGAUUAAAAAUAUGGCUUAUAAGGCUGUUGAAGAUGGUGGAUCUUCUGAUUCUAAUUGCAAAUUGUUUAUACAAGAAAUUUUAGAUCAAAACUCAUAAUCAAUGAUUAAGAAUAGCAAAGUAGUUCUUACUUUCAUUUGUAGCUUUCACUAUUUUAUAAUCACCAUAUCUUAUGUCCUAAUUGAUACUACAGUUGCGUGUAUGUAACUAUUUACUAAUAACCGUUUGAUAAUUAGUAAAA